AUGAGGAGCCUCUGGAAGCUACCCAAGCCCUCAGCCUUCCGUGGCCCCAGACAGGAUGCCUCUGGGGAUGCAGACAUCUCAUCUUCGUCCCCGAAAGUGUGUGGACCACCCCGCUUCCCGAGCAAGUGCCUGGGUGAACCCGGACCUCACCGACCACCACCCUUGAGACAGCAGGGGCGGAGACCCCGCGCGGGGACGUCACGGGACCGGCUGCUUGGGCGCCUUCGGAGCGGGCCCGGGCCGGCCCUUCCCCUCCCUGAGAGCCGAAUCCCUUCCUCGCAGGACACCGAGCCUCCGGCCCCACGGGUGUCAGGACAGUUCAAUGAGGACAUGAUCCCCACGGUGGGUUUCAACAUGCGCAAGAUCACCAAAGGGAACGUGACCAUCAAGCUCUGGGACAUUGGGGGACAGCCCCGAUUCCGCAGCAUGUGGGAACGCUACUGCCGAGGCGUGAGCGCCAUAGUGUACAUGGUGGAUGCCGCCGACCAGGAGAAGAUCGAGGCCUCCAAGAACGAGCUGCACAACCUCCUGGACAAGCCUCAGCUGCAGGGCAUCCCGGUCUUAGUUCUCGGUAACAAGCGAGACCUCCCAGGAGCUCUGGAUGAAAAGGAGCUGAUUGAGAAAAUGAAUCUGUCUGCCAUCCAGGACCGAGAGAUAUGCUGCUACUCCAUCUCCUGCAAAGAGAAGGACAACAUUGACAUCACCCUACAGUGGCUUAUUCAACACUCAAAGUCACGGAGAAGCUGAGACAGCGGCGCUUCUCCCUCGGACCAGGGACCGUGCUCAUCUACACCUGAAGCCGAGCUCCCGCCCUCCCCUUCGUCCCCUAAGCGCACCCUCCUCACUCUGGGGAGGGCCCUCUGGGGCUCCCCAAUCCCAUUCUGCUGAGGUUUGAACUCCUGUUUUUAUUGUAAAAUAAAUCGCCCCAUCUGGGCCCCCAGCCUCUCCCCUCCGCUCUCCUGUGUCCUCGCCCAGCCCCGCUUCCCUCCCCUUGACAGCCCUGGCUCCCCGCCCUUGCCCCCCUUACUUCCUCCUCCUCCCUUUUCAACACUCUCUGUUAUUGUCCUGUGUGUACAGUAUAUAUAUGUAUAUAUAUUUUAAUUUUUUAAUUUAAGCAAAGACUAAAAUCAACCAUUUGAUGCUGCAGGGGCCAUUCAGGGUCUGGGAGGGGGCAGUCUGGAGAGAAGGGAAGACAUGCAGGGUGGCCUUGGGGCGAGUUCACAUCUGGAAAGGCGGAGGCUGGCACCUGGGGCAGGUACCAGCCUGGGCACUGGCGGCCGCCCCGUCCCGUGUGUCUCUGCAGCCACAGGCCGAUGGGAGGUCCUAUAGGGGCCUCCUCUCUUCCCCCAGCCUCGGUGGGGCCCCCAGGCACAACAGGUGCCAGAGACCACCAGGCCUAGGGCAGGAAGCCAGGGCCCAUGCUGCCCAGCCCGACACCUGUCCCAGCCCCCAGCUCUGCCCUGCCCAGGGCCCCACCUCAUUUUCUGUUCUCAUUUUGCAGAGUUGCACAAGGAGAGAACUCAGCAUGGGGGGUUGGUUCUUUGGAUUUUGUUUUUUGUUGUUUUAUUUGUUUAAUUUAAUGAUUUGUAAAGUGAUGUUCCUCUUCCUUUUUUACACUUUUCAGCUCAUACUUAACCUCUGUUUGGAAAAUGAUUCUUGUAACUGUACAUUUUUUGCCUCCUAAUAACAAUAAAUUACCAA